AUGGACGAGGAUCCCGAAGGAGAAACUUGGCAGCCCUUCUCCACCCCCUGGGGCUUUGGCAAGGCGGCAGCAGAGGAAGGAGGACACGUGUGCCCCCACAGGGCGAAGUCUUCAGGCUGGCCACCUCCCUCGGGGACCUGGGGCUUGAACCAGGUUCCGCCCUAUGGAUGGGAGAUGACGGCGAACCGGGAUGGCCGGGACUGCUUCAUCAGUCACAUGACACAGGCACUCCCAUUUGAUGACCCCCGGUUGGACAGCUGCCAAAUCAUCCCCCCAGCCCCGCGGAAGGUGGAGAUGCGGAGGGACCCUGUCCUGGGCUUUGGUUUCGUGGCGGGGAGUGAGAAGCCGGUGGUGGUUCGUUCAGUGACACCAGGUGGCCCCUCGGAAGGCAAGCUGAUCCCGGGAGAUCAGAUCGUAAUGAUUAACGAUGAGUCAGUCAGCGCUGCACCGAGGGAGCGGGUCAUCGACCUGGUCAGAAGCUGCAAAGAAUCGAUCCUGCUGACUGUCAUCCAGCCUUACCCUUCUCCCAAAUCAGCAUUUAUCAGUGCUGCCAAGAAGGCCAGGUUAAAGUCCAACCCUGUGAAAGUGCGCUUCUCUGAGGAGGUCAUCAUCAACGGGCAGGUGUCGGAAACUGUCAAGGAUAAUUCGCUUCUUUUUAUGCCAAACGUGCUGAAAGUCUAUCUGGAAAACGGGCAGACCAAGUCCUUUCGCUUUGACUCAAGCACCUCCAUUAAGGAUGUCAUCAUGACCCUCCAAGAGAAGCUGUCCAUCAAAGGCAUUGAGCACUUCUCUCUCAUGCUGGAGCAGAGGACCGAGGGCGCCGGCAGCAAGCUGCUGCUGCUGCACGAGCAGGAGACCCUCACCCAAGUGACACAGCGGCCCAGCUCCCACAAGAUGAGGUGUCUUUUCCGGAUCAGCUUCGUGCCGAAGGACCCCAUUGACCUGUUACGGAGAGACCCGGUUGCUUUUGAAUAUCUCUACGUUCAGAGCUGUAACGAUGUGGUACAGGAGCGAUUUGGGCCGGAGCUGAAAUACGACAUCGCCCUGCGACUGGCCGCCUUGCAAAUGUACAUUGCAACUGUGACCACCAAGCAAACGCAGAAAAUCUCUCUCAAAUACAUCGAAAAAGAAUGGGGAUUAGAGACGUUCCUUCCCUCCGCUGUGCUGCAGAGCAUGAAAGAGAAGAACAUAAAGAAGGCCCUCUCCCACCUUGUCAAAGCAAAUCAGAACUUGGUACCACCCGGUAAAAAGCUCUCUGCCCUGCAAGCCAAGGUCCAUUAUCUCAAGUUCCUCAGUGACCUUCGUCUGUAUGGGGGCCGUGUGUUCAAGGCAACGCUAGUGCAGGCAGAAAAGCGCUCGGAAGUGACUCUCCUGGUGGGGCCCCGAUAUGGCAUAAGCCAUGUCAUAAACACCAAAACCAACCUGGUGGCUCUCUUAGCUGACUUCAGUCAUGUGAACAGGAUCGAGAUGUUUACUGAAGAGGAGAACUUGGUGAGGGUGGAGCUCCAUGUCCUGGACGUGAAGCCAAUCACGCUGCUAAUGGAGUCAUCAGACGCCAUGAACUUGGCCUGCUUAACAGCUGGAUACUACCGACUACUUGUGGAUUCCAGGAGGUCCAUCUUUAACAUGGCCAACAAGAAAAAUGCCGGGAGCCAGGAUACAGGGACUGAAAACAAAGGAAAGCUUAACAUCCUUGGCCCUGAUUGGAACUGUGUACCCCAAAUGACCACCUUUAUUGGCGAAGGGGAGCAAGAGGCCCAGAUCACAUAUGUAGAUUCCAAACAGAAGACGGUGGAGAUCACGGAUGGCACCUCGUGUCCAAAAGACCACCGGCACGUCUACUUGGCCACCACCUACAACCCCGAUGAGCUCAACCCACAGCUGGCACCGCCAGGAGAUGCUCCGUGCGAGGCCGACUACAGAGGUCUUGCUCCGCGGUCCCUGUUGACCUUCUCGGGACCAGACACCCUGAAGAAGGCACAGGAGUCUCCGCGGGGCGCCAAAGUGUCCUUCAUCUUUGGAGACCUCGCCAUGGACGACGGCAUUAGCCCCCCAGCUCUCAGCUACGACAGACUCUUGGAGGAGAACCCGGAGCUGCUGGAGAAGCAGACGAGCCUCUACAUGAGAAGUGCCAACGACGUGAAGGCCCUGGACCUGAGCCCCGAUGCGGACAACAUGCAGUUCAUGGAAAACUCCGUGUACGCCAACAUAGGUGACGUGAAGAGCUUCCAGGCCAGCCCGGGCAUCGAGGAGCCCCUGCUGCAUGACAUCUGCUACGCGGAGAACACCGACGACGCGGAGGAUGAGGACGAGGUGAGCUGCGAGGAGGACCUCAUGGUGGGAGAGAUGAACCAGCCGGCCAUCCUCAACCUGUCGGGCUCCAGCGACGACAUCAUUGACCUCACGUCCCUGCCGCCCCCGGAAGGGGAUGACAAUGAGGACGACUUCCUGUUGCGGUCCUUGAACAUGGCCAUCGCCGCCCCCCCUCCCGGCUUUCGAGACAGCUCCGAUGAGGAGGACUCUCAGAGCCAGGCAGCCGCCUUCCUCGACGACAAGGGGCCCGGUGGCGGCGGCCUGCAGAACGACGAGAUCCCCGUGUCCCUCAUCGACGCGGUGCCCACCAGCGCCGAGGGGACGUGCGACAAGGGACUGGACAAGCCGGCCGCCCCCGCGCCGGGAGCUCUGGCCGUGUCGGAAGAGCAGCAGACCAGUAACAAUUCAGGUGUAGCCAUCUUGAGGGCUUAUAGCCCCGAGUCUUCCUCAGACUCGGGCAAUGAGACUAACUCCUCUGAAAUGACGGAGAGCUCGGAGCUGGCCACAGCGCAGAAGCAGUCCGAGACGCUCUCCCGCAUGUUCCUGGCCACGUCUGAAGGCUACCACGCCCUCGCCGAGGAGCAGACAGAGUUCUCCACCUCCGCUUCCACCUCCACCUCCACUCCCAUUUCCAAGGCCCCUGCCGGGGGCGCCCUGCCCCCCAAGGCCCCUCAUGCCCUGGCCACUCGGCCCGGGGUGGACCUGCCGUCCAAAGUCGUGCCUUCCAAGCAGAUCCUGCACUCGGGCCACAUGGAGAUGGAGCCCGAGACCAUGGAGACCAAGUCGGUGACGGACUAUUUCAGCAAACUGCGCCUGGGCUCCGUGGCCUACUCCUGCACCAGCAAGAGGAAAAGCAAGGCGCCCGACGGGGAGGCCAAAGCCCCCGCCAGUGGAGCGAACGGGACGGCGCCGGCGGGGAAGAAGCAGCAGGGGGCCAAGGCCGCCGAGGCUGAGGAGGACGCCAAAGGUAAAUUCGGUACUAUGUCUACCAGGGACGGUCAGCGCCUGGGCCCUUUUAACCUGGAGAGAACUGCCUUCCGCAAGGACAGCCAGCGAUGGUACGUGGCCGCAGAGGGCGGGCUGGCUGACAAAGGCGCCCUGGAAGCGGCCACGGGGAUGUUCCCGCGAGCCCCUGGCCUGGGAACAAGGGAGGCCGAAGGGAAGGAUGAAGGGGCCCCCCACGGGGAUACCGCUGAGGUUUCAGGCCUCGGCCAGCGAGACCACUUCUUAACAGACGUGACCUGUGUCUCUUCAGCCAAAGACUUAGACAACCCCGAGGGUGCCGCCCCGCCUACCUGUGACCGCCCUGCCCAGCUGGCCGGCGCAGAAGACAGCGUGGCCCACCUCUGUGACUACCACUUGGCCAAGCGGAUGUCAUCGCUGCAAAGCGAGGGCCAUUUCUCCCUCCAGAGCUCGCAGGGCUCCUCGGUGGAUGCCGGCUGCGGCACAGGCAGCAGCGGCAGCGCCUGCGCCACGCCCGUGGAGUCCCCACUCUGCGCCCCCGUGGGGAAGCACCUGCUUCCGGAGGCCGCAGGCAAAGGCGGGCCUUACGUUCCUUCCUCCGAGGAGAGAGCCACGGGGCUUCCUGGCCAUGGAGCCCCCUUUAAGGAAUCACACCCCCAGGCGGAAGGGGUGUGUCCCCGGAUGACAGUGCCUGCCCUGCACACAGCCAUUAAUGCUGAACCCCUGUUUGGGACUUUGAGAGAUGGAUGUCACCGACUCCCAAAGAUUAAGGAAACUACAGUGUAG